GUGACGUCUGACGAGACCCCUCGAUCGUCAUGGCAUCAAAACAACGCGUUCUGUUCUCUUCUUCUUAUAUCUCACUUUUCUCCUCUUCCUUUUCAAAGCUACAAUUGCUCUUCCACAACCACCUAUCUUCCACCUAGUUAACCCAUCCAUACACACAUCAUGGCAUCCCUCGUUGAUAGCUUGACGGCCUCUGGAGGUGCUGAAUCCGUAGGAUUCCUCAACGAUAUCGUUGCCCAGCUAUGGCCCAACAUUAACAUCGCCGGUUGCAGAAUGACGAAAGAGAUCGUUGAGCCAAUCUUGGCCUCCACACUCCCAGGCCCGCUCUCUUCGAUUCGUUUUGUCAAGCUCGACCUUGGCCCGGUACCAAUACAACUCGCUAAUGUGGACGUGCACAAGACCUCCACUGGUGGGAUCAAGCUGGACCUGGACGUCAUUUGGGAGGGACAGAGCGAUAUCGAGCUGGACGGCAACAUGGUCCCCAAAUUCGGUAUAGAACACAUUCAUCUGAAGGGCAGGCUCUCAGUGUUGCUAGCUCCCUUGAUGGAUGUCAUUCCCCUUAUUGGAGCUGCGCAAAUAGCCUUCAUCAACCCUCCGGAGCUGAAGCUUGACUUCACCAAUGCCGCCAACGUUGCCGACUGCUUCCUGGUCGAGAAGCUCGUUCGCAAGACUAUUCUCGGCAUCAUCUCUUCAAUGGCCGUCCUUCCUAACCGCUUCAUGGUCAAGCUCGACGCCUCAAACGACUACUUCAAGACGUACCAACCUCACCUAGGCGUCCUCCGUCUGACCGUCCAUCAAGCAGUCGGUAUCAACGGCCCGCAGAAGAGUGGUGUCAAGAGAUUCAUCGGCAAGAUCGUCAAGGACGUACCCGACUGUUACUGUCAAGUCAACGUCGGCGCUGAGGAAGCGUGGCGCACUUCGACUAAGAAGAAUGAUCACGACCCUGAGUGGAACGAGACACACGAUUUCCUCGUCGCGGACUACGACCAAAACAUCACACUUGAUGUCAAGGAUGAUGACUUCGCCGGCGACGACGACAUUGGCAUCGGCGCCACCACCGUCAAGCAGAUCCUGCUUGCCGGCGGCUCGCAGGAGGUGGGCCUCACCCAUAAUGGCGACCCGACAGAUGCCCGGGUGACACUCCAAGCCCAGUUCUACAACUUUGUCACCGAUCCUUCCGCCCUGUCAGCCGAGCAUAGCCAAGGAGAAGGCCAAAUCUGUGGCCUGGCCACGGUGCUGGUUGCCGGCGUUCUUGGACUACAGGGCCAACGCGAUGAGCUACACCCCGGCGUCAAGGUGACAUGGGGCGCGAAGGAGUUCAGUACUGCGGUCCAAUCGUACACGCCAGGCACAGAUAUCUUCAACCCCUCUUUCGACCAGGCGUUCAAGAUUCCGAUCACGAGGGAUAUGGUGGCCAACCCAGCGAACUUCAAAAUCUCGCUGAUGAACCAGAAAAGCGAGACUGGAGCCGUCGAGAUUCCUUUUGCGGAUGUGCUCAAUUCUCCUGAACUUGGCGUGGCGGGCAGUUUCGAUGUUGGUUCUGGGGUGAGAGUCAGAGCCAGCAUUUCUCUGCGUGGCUUGCAGUUGGCUCAGUAGACAGAACGGAAUUGACGUAAAUAUCGUCUUGAGUCACAUGACGUAGCAAGAGCUACGUAAUACAAAAAGCUUCAUGCUCCUUUUCUUGAUAUCAAGUUCGCAAUCUUCCUCUUGACUUGCGAGAAUGGUAGUGAAUUUGUUCUAAACCGCCCAAGGAGCGGCAGUUUGGAAAGUGUGUGAAAGUCUUAUGAGGCAGAGCUAGGUUAUCCACUUACGUCUUCCAAACUGUUGAUGUUCUCUUGUCUCAUAUUUCUGAGUAAACAGUCACGAUUAGGCUGCAAAGGAAAGACCUGAAAUCCUGCUCUCGUUAUUGUCACUGAUGCCACAAAAUCACUGAUCACAAGUCUUUUAGAAAACAGAUGAUACAUUGCCAAUCUGAUUAGGACUACACUUU